UGUAAAUGCGGCGUAUGCGGAAAGUUGAUAAAUUUUAUAUACGCAAAUUUUCUAGAAAUAACAUUUUUUAUAACAUUGUUGUAGGAUAUCUCGCAUCGUUGAAUAAUUAAAAAUUUAUUGGGAAAAAUAUCCUUCGGGAAAAAGAAAAGAGUAAACAGAAAAGAUGGAUUUUCUAGAGUAUCCGGAUAUUUUCGCUGAGGUUAAAGGAGCUAUGACACCAGGCAGAUUAAAGUUAACCGAUCAGCAUUUGAUCUUUAAAAAUCAAAAAACCGGGAAGGUUGAACAAAUACCCGCUAGCGACAUGGAGAUGGUGAAUUAUCAGAAAUUUAUUGGAACCUGGGGUUUGCGUAUAUUUCUGAAAAAUGGUACCUUACAUCGUUUCAAAGGAUUCAAAGAAGCUGAUCAGGAAAAAAUCGCAAAGUUCUUUUCUGUCAAUUACAAAAAGGACAUGUUGGAGAAGGAAUUAAGUCUUAAAGGUUGGAACUGGGGUACGGCUAGAUUUACGGGGUCUGUUCUGAGCUUUGAUGUGGGCCAUCACACUGCUUUUGAAAUACCUCUUUACGACGUGUCGCAGUGUAACACAGGAAAAAACGAAGUAACUUUGGAAUUUCAUCAGAACGACGACGCCCCGGUCAGUCUGAUGGAGAUGAGAUUUCAUAUUCCUGUCAGCGAUAGCGCCGAUCAAGAUCCCGUGGAAGCGUUCCAUCAACAGGUGAUGGACAAGGCGUCUGUGAUUAGCGUGAGUGGCGACGCCAUAGCCAUAUUCAGAGAGAUCUAUUGUUUGACGCCACGUGGUCGUUACGACAUCAAAAUCUUUCAAUCGUUCUUUCAACUUCACGGCAAAACGUUUGAUUACAAAAUUCCGAUAUCGACCGUUCUGAGAUUGUUCUUGUUGCCGCACAAAGAUAGCAGACAAAUGUUCUUCGUCGUAAGCCUGGAUCCUCCUAUAAAACAGGGUCAGACGCGUUAUCACUAUUUGGUGUUCCUGUUCAAUCAGGACGAAGAGACGUCCAUUGACUUGCCGUUCACCGAGAAAGAAUUAAAAGAGAAAUACGAGGACAAACUCACGAAAGAAUUGUCGGGACCAACGUACGAAGUGCUCAGCAGGGUGAUGAAAGUAAUUAUCAAUCGAAAGCUGACCGGACCCGGACACUUCGUCGGUCACAGUGGAGCUCCUGCGAUCAGCUGUUCUUUCAAAGCAGCGGCGGGACUGUUGUAUCCGCUCGAACGAGGUUUCAUCUACGUCCACAAACCGCCGAUACAUAUUCGUUUUGAGGAAAUAGCUUCGGUGAAUUUUGCGCGCGGGGGCGGUUCGACCAGAUCCUUCGAUUUCGAGGUCGAGCUUACGAGCGGCGUGAUGCACACUUUCAGCAGCAUCGAGAAAGAAGAGUACAACAAACUGUUCGACUUCAUGACGGCGAAGAAACUUCGUGUGAAAAAUCGGGGCAAGGCCGACAAGUUGAAUUACAACGACGACUUCAGCGACAGCGAUCAGGAAGACGAGCCGGAUGCUUACUUGGCGCGUGUCAAGGCGGAGGCGCAAGAGCGCGACCUCGAUGACAAUCAAGAUUCUGAGGACGCGUCGACCGAUGAGGAUUUCAAACCGAAUCAGGAGGAAAGUGACGUUGCCGAGGAAUACGACAGCUAUCCGAAUACCACCGACAGCGACGAGGGUUCGGACGCUUCCGCGGCCAGUCACAAGAAAGAGAAGAAAGAGAAGAAGGAAAAGAAGUCCAAGUCGGCGAAAACGAUUUCGGAGAAACCGCGAAGAUCGAGAAAACCGAAGAAGGAGAGAGACGCGAACAAGCCGAAGAGGCCGCCGACGGCGUUCAUGCUUUGGCUAAACGGCGCGCGUGAGAAAAUUAAAGCGGACAAUCCCGGAAUUGCGGUUACGGAAAUCGCGAAGAAAGGUGGCGAGAUGUGGCGCGAGCUCAAAGACAAGUCCGAGUGGGAAGCGAAAGCUGCCAGAGCUAAAAAAGAAUACGCGGCGUCGAUGAAGGAAUACGAGGCGAGCGGAGCCAGUAAAUCCAUCAAAGAAAAGAAGGAUAAAACGGAGAAGGAGAAAACGGAGAAGAAGAAAGACACGACGAAGAGCUCGCCCGGAUCUAAGGGAAUGUCUGGCACAUCUUUCAAGAGCAAGGAGUACAUCAGCGACGACGACAGCAGCAGCGACGAGAGCAGCAAAAAAUCCGGAAAGAAACGUUCGGACGCGGACGAGAGCGAUGAUGAGAAGAAGAAGAAACGACCCGCCGAAGACGGCGGGAAGAAACCGGCGAAGAAAGAGAAACGAGAUCAAUCGGAUGCGGAGAGCGACGCUGAAGAACCCGUGGAGAGCACACCUUCCUCAUCCGAUGCGGAAUAACUUUUGUACAUUUUGCUUGUUUGUAUCAAGGUCCUUCCACAACGAGAUGUUUGGUAAUCAAUCAGAAGUCGGAAGCAGAGAAAUUGGACCAAUCGCAGCCAAAUCGCAGAAUAAUCGAUUGGUCAAUUUCUUGCUUCUGACUUCUGACUUAUUGCAGAAGGGCCUUCAUCAGUAUUGCUUACAACACUCUUUAUAUCAUAAGGAAAUAUCACAAAAAUUUACGUCACCUCUUGUAAUUUAAGUUAUAUUAUUGAGAUCCGAAUGAAACGAUUUUACGUAGUCACACACGUGUCCUUUUUUUGUAAAGGAAAUUUUUUUAUUCUUUUUAACAUAAAAAAGACCACCACCUUUGGUUGUUCCACCUUCGGAUGAAAGUAUCGGGUGAUCUGUCUAAUGCAGAGCCUUCCAACUCGUUUGCGCCAUAAGAUUUCUAUGCGGUCACGUGAUCAGUUGGAAGGCUCUGAUCUAACGGUUAGAACUCUGAUUUACGUUGUUGUUUCAAUAAAAUUAUUUAUUUAUCCGGUAAAUGAAACUAGAAACCAAAAGAUAAUAUAAUAUUAUCUUUUAUUAAUUAAUAAGAUGUAAUAUUACACGGCACUCUCGGUAUUGUGUAGGUCGUGUCUAACGGGUGAAUAUGUAGAAAUAGAAGAACAGUGGUUGUUCGCGCUGGUAAGGUUCCUAUGGAUCCUAUGGAUAAACCCGUCGAGUAAGCUGGAGAUUUAUCGGGAAGGUGGAACGAUCGCGGCCCUACAUGUUUUUUUUUUUUUUUUUUUUACUGUACAGAUUAUUUAUAAUUUUCACAUUCAUUCAAACGGUAAUUUGAAGUUAUAGAUUUUGUUCCACAAUGCCUCUGUGACAAAACUUUGAUAUAAACUAAUAAAAACUUUUAUAAACAAAAAUGUAUAAAUUUGUUGUGACAAUCAAGACAUGAUCGCGAUUAAAAUUACAUCGGUAAAAAUAAACAGAUAGGAGAAAUUAAAUCUA